GUCCCACCAUAUUAUUGUUCCCCCGGUCUUCGCAGCAGUUGAAGCUUUAUUUGCCCAGUUUUUAUUCAUUAGUUAAUCUUUUCUUACAGUCGUAACAUAUUAUUUUCCAAUAAUCUCAGAUGUAGCAAUUUAAAGCAAUGUAAAAAAAAAAAAAUGAUGCUCGGCCUGUCUCAGAAACAUGGAUUUAAAAAAUAGAGUUUAAAAUAGAUGGGACCUUUUUAGCUAAAAUUUAGUCUGUCCAAAUUAGAGGCAUCAUGUUUAUCAAACAGCUGCGUAAACCUAUGGAUUUGAUUCAUUAUUAGAGAAUAACUUGGUGGUGAAGGCGCGUAGCGUAACUUACAGUAAAAAUGGAUUCAGACCAGAGGAGAGACAGCCGCAGCUGGGACUGGGACAGCCCGCAGUGCCGAGCCCAGCUGGACGAGGUCUUUUUCCGCCCGCAUGACUACAUCCAGGCCGGCAGCCCGGAGCACAAAGAGUUUUGGGCUUUCUUUGACCGCUUCCAGAGGUUCAAAACAAAGAGGGACAUGUCUGGCUCAGGAGCAAAACAGGACAGAGAAGAGGGUAAAGACAAGAGAAAGACUGGCACUGGAAAGGUAGACCUUGGCCUUCCUAAAGAGUAUGAUGCUCGUUACCGGAUUAAUGUAUCUGUUUGCACCAGAGAUGUCGAGGAGCGCCUCGGGAAGUCAGAGCACAGAGGCAGGCAGAGAUCUUCGGGUCCAGGCAGCCAGGAGAUCUCAGACUGCCGCCUGGCUCUCCUGCAUUUCCUGGACUUCAGCCAGAGGCAGAGUUUUGGAAAGCUGGCCAAGCUUCGCCGGGAGCAAAAGAACCUGCCCAUCUUCCAGUAUCGGGACAGGAUAGUGGAGCUGGUGCGGCGUCACCCUGUGGUUGUGGUGGCAGGGGACACAGGCUGCGGAAAAUCCACACAAGUACCUCAGUAUCUUCUGUCAGCUGGCUUCAGCCACAUAGCCUGCACUCAGCCUCGACGUAUUGCCUGUAUAUCCCUCGCAAAGAGGGUCAGCUUUGAGAGUCUCAAUCAGUACGGCUCAAAGGUAGGUUACCAGAUCCGCUUUGAGACCACCCGGACGCUGGCCACCAAACUGCUGUUCCUGACUGAGGGGCUGCUGCUCCGACAGAUCCAACAGGACAGGACGCUGGCUCAGUAUCAGGUGCUGAUUGUCGACGAGGUCCAUGAGCGACAUCUUCACUGUGACUUUCUUCUUGGGGUCCUGCGUUCUCUGCUGGCCGACAACCCACACCUGCGUCUCAUUCUCAUGUCAGCCACAAUCAACAUCAAGCUUUUCUCUGACUAUUUCAAUAGCGCUCCUGUGCUGCAGGUGCCAGGCAGGUUGUUUCCUAUACAGGUGAUAUACCAGCCCAUUCCACCCGAGGAGCAGUCCUCACGUUCAGAGAAAAUGGAUCCCAGACCAUAUCUGCGCAUCCUGCAGGGCAUCGAUCAACGCUACCCUCCAGAGGAACGCGGCGACCUGCUCAUCUUCCUUAGUGGUGUGGCAGAAAUCUCCACCAUCCAGGAGGCCUGUCAAAUUUAUGCCACACACACACGUCGCUGGAUUGUCUUACCGCUGCACAGCACCCUCUCACUGGCCCAGCAGGAUAAGGUGUUUGACAUUGCUCCUCCAGGGGUGAGAAAGUGCAUCAUCUCGACCAAUAUUGCUGAGACCUCAGUUACAAUAGAUGGAGUGCGCUUUGUUGUAGACUCAGGGAAGGUAAAGGAAAUGAGUUUUGAUCCUAAGGCCAAGAUGCAACGUCUGCAAGAGUUCUGGAUCAGCCGAGCCAGCUCUGAGCAGAGGAAAGGUCGAGCCGGUCGUACAGGUCCAGGAGUGUGUUACCGCCUGUAUGCUGAGUCUGACUACGAUGCUUUCACACCUUAUCCUGUGCCUGAAAUCCACAGAGUUGCUCUGGACUCCCUUAUUCUUCAGAUGAAGAGCAUGUGUCUUGGGGAUCCACUUUCUUUUGUCUUCAUUGAUCCACCUCCAGCUGCUAGUAUCCAGACUGCAGUCACUUAUCUGAAAGAGCAGGGGGCGUUAGACAGUCGUGCUGAGCUGACCUCCAUUGGUAGUUUGCUGGCACAGUUGCCAGUGGAUGUGGUUAUAGGGAAGAUGCUGGUGCUGGGCUGUUUGUUUAACCUGGUGGAGCCUGUAUUGACAGUGGCAGCAGCCCUCAGUGUUCAAUCACCUUUCCUGCGCAGCUCACAGCACAACCCAGACUGUGCCACUGCCCGCCAGCCCCUGCACAGCAACCACGGAGACCCCUUUACCUUACUCAACACCUUCAAUGCCUGGGUGGAGGUGAAGGGAGAGAGAGGUGGUGGCUCAAGGAAAUGGUGCAGGAGGAGAGGCCUGGAGGAGCAGCGACUAUAUGAGAUGGUCAACCUACGCAGGCAGUUCAAGGACUUGCUGAGGAGCCACGGCCUGCUGGAAUCAGAGAGUAGCGCUCCCUCUAGUGGUGACCGCGAGAAGCGUAGGGAGAGGCUUACAGAGAGGAGGAAGCUGCAUCAGCUGAAGAGAGAUCAUGAGCAGCAGGAGAGCAGCAAACGUAAAGUCCUGAGGCUGAAUGAAGGGCAGGAUGGAGAAUUCUCCUCAGGAUCAGACACAGAGGGAGUCAGUAGAGACAAGAGGGACAAGGGGGGAUCAGGACAGAACAUGGACAUACAGGAGGUGAAGUUCAAGUUGCGUCACAAUAUGUCAGAGCUGCAGGACGCAGCCAACGUCAGCCAGGACAUGUCCUCCCGGCAGCAGGCUUUGCUCAAGCUGCUGCUUUGCCGAGGCCUCUUCCCCCAGCUGGCAGUGCCUGAUGAACACAACUCCAACCGCAAGGACUCAGACCAGGUGUUUCAUACAAGGAAUAAGCAGGGAGUGGUGAUCCACCCAACCAGUGUGUUUGCCAGCGACCCAGAGGUGCUACAAGUGCCGGAGGAAGACACCAGAGAAAUGGGGCCUGAUAGGAGGGACAGCAGCAAACACCAGCUGCUAGCCUUUGUCACUCUGUUGGAGACCAACAAGCCAUAUUUGUCCAACUGUGUGCGGGUUCCAGCACUGCAAGCUCUGCUGCUGGUUGCAAAUUCCAUUGACAGUAAUGCUGACUGUACGCGUCUGGUGGUGGACGGCUGGCUGGAGCUGGAGCUGAGGGAGCCGGAGGAGGCCCUGAAGGUGCUGUCCACAGCUCUUACCCUCAGGGCUGAAUGGGAGCGCCUCCUGUUGGCCCAGCUGGGACAGAGCACAGUCAAGGGAGCAGCAGUCCAGGGAGUGUCCCGCAAAACCAUGGAGAAGCUGAGCGAAGGCCUGGUCCGCUUUCUGCUCUACACUGAGGUCAGUUACAGCCUACGGCGACUCACAGCUUUCCAGACCCAGAACCUAUACAUCGGCCCUCAGUCUGAGUCUGAGCUGUCUCAUACCCAAGCUCCAUUUGUAAACUCACUGUUUCCAGGAGUCGAGGUCAAGCCAGACCCGGUUAAGGGAGGCCUGCGUGUCACCAACUUCUUCAACUACAACUGUUUGGCUGACUCAAAGGAUCUCUACAGUGAGUGUUUACGCACUUUUUGGAGCUGUCCUAACUGUGACCUCUACAUGCCUCUGACUCCACUUGAACGCAUGCAGCAUGAGACCUCCUGCAGGCCAGCAGGAGAACAGCAGCAGCCAGAGGAAGAGCCAGAAGGUGGAAAGGCAAGCUCAUCCUCAGUGUCCAGUCUCACCAGAGUUUAUCACUGUGAUGUCUGUGAUGAAGACCUGACCCUCACCUCCACUGAGAUCCUCAAACACAAAAGACAGCACAUGUGUUCUGCCAAGUAACUGCUCACAGCAUCUAAAGGAUGCUACUGUAAUUACACCUUGUGCCUGUUCUGUUUAGGGCAGACUUAAGUUUAGAGAAUUGAGUUGUUAUUACAUUUGUGUCACUGUUCUUCAUCCCUUUUGUACUUGAGGAGCUUUAUUAAAGUGCUUCCCUAGUGGUCACUGGAUGCAUUUGCUUUAGCCCUCUGCAUAGUUGUGUUUCAAUAGGAGAUAUCCACAUUUGUAAAAAUCUACUUAUUUGUUCCAACAUCGAAACAUGUUCAAAGGCUUGAAACAAAUGAACACAUUCAUAGUUGUUUUUCUUUUUCUUUUUUUUUCAAAUUCCUUUGAAAGCAUUAUGGAAUAAUUAUCGAAUACAACUUUCAUACAGUGUUUUGGAAAAGGCACAGUGAGUUAAUGACAUGCAGACGUGAGAGAGAAGUAGACACUGAUUUAAAAUAUAGAGUGAGGGUUUAAUAAUGAUACAAACCCACGAUAUGUAACACCUCAAAGCAGCACAUUGGCACAAAGUCAGAAGUAAGACAGCACGGAAGAUAAAAACCUGUCUCAAAAAAAUAAAGAAUUAGAAUAAAUAUCUCAAUAAAUAAAUAAACAGGUAAUAUCUCAUUAAUUACUUUGAAACUAAUAAAUACGUACAUUUGAAAAUAUGCACAUUGGCAGAAAUCAAUAACCCAAAAAGUAAAUAGUACUUAACACAGAGUUACUUAGAAAUCAUAAGUUAUUGAUUACUCAAAUCAAAAGGCACAUUUAUUAAGAUGUAAGAAUGGGGCCUGCAAUAGUGAUCGCAUGACUGUCAGUACUGUACUCUAACACCAUUUCUGGACCAGAAGUAGCAAACUGUGUGCAAUGGCUUUACUAGUUCUGUAUAUCUGCACCAUCAAGUGAAUGUGUGUGUCUGUGUGUACGCCUAUGCGUUACAGAUUUGUGGGGAUUGUGUGUGUGCAGGACAAAGGGUUAAUUUAGGAUCAGGGAAUGGCAGUCUAGUGACCGACUGAGUUUGUGUUUCCUGCUAUUGUGACAGCAUGUCUUUUUUUUUUUAUUUAAGUGGACCAACACUGUUGGCAGGCUGGCCUAGUAGUGAAGAUGAGCGUCCCAUAACCGAGAGGUCAGGAGUCGUGUUCAUCAGCAGUUGUAUCCCCCGACUCUGAACCCUAAGGUCAACAGUCUACAGCACGCACGUUUAAAUGUCACACCUGUGAGCUAUGUGCUGCUGCUCAAAGACAAGUUUGUGUUCCUAUUUAUCAUUUCUGCUUGAUAUCGAACACAAUAACACUCAAUUCGAACACUUUUUGAUUUAGUUUUUCCUAACGUGAAUGACUGGUACAAAAAUAUUCUUUCAAUACAUUGUUCAUUGCACUUAACUUUUUUUUUCUUUUUUUUUUUUGGUGGCAUCUCAUUCAAAGGCCUAGACACAUCUACAGAUUGGUAAGCGUGGGGUCCUGUUUUGUUUAUCUUUGGGGUUGGGACUGUACGGUCGUUGUGUACAUUAGGUAGAAUAGACUCGCUCAGAGGCCUCAGUUGUAAGCACCUUGACUGAUUCAACAAGUACAGUGGUGGGAUGUGAUGUCAUCUAUGAUUAAUAUUGAAAAUACAUGGAUUGAAAGAUGAAAAAAUAUGUGUAAAGUGAGGGUGUAUAAUGGUCGACACACAUUCUUGAUUUACUUUUUUUUUUUAGAAAACAAAAAUAACCUUGUGUUUGGUUACAAAGGACCAUAAUGAAUCACAUUAUGACUUUUAAGUCUUUGUGGUUGUCAUUGCAACUUCCCUUAACAUUAAUUGUCCCUUUGCAUUUGAUAACCUUUCUUCCACUGUGGUCUACUACCUUAACCAAAAGACAACACUAGUGGUCUCAGAUGCUCAUACUUUCUUGAAGACUGCACUCACUCAUGCUCACUAUCUCCCCUUCCUCUUUUUCAUUUCUUAACCAGGGCUGAGUAACAUCUGAGGUAAAAAUUAGAGGUAAAGGGUGACAUCUGCUCAUCUGACUGAUAAACAGGGCAACAUGAAACGAAUAACUUCCUCAAGAUCUCAUGUUUGUGAAUACGUGAUAGUGUGUGCCACUGGGGGAUUCGGUCAAUAUGUUUUACAUUUAAUAAAAUAUACCAAUUAAAAUUAUAACAAUCAUAUAUAUAAACAUCUUUAGUUUUUUGUGUUUUUCUCUCUAAAUAAAAAAACAGACAUUUGAAACAGUGUACACAUCAUCGUUGCCUCUGACACUCUCUUCUUGUGAUAUAGUCUCUGACUGCUAAUUCUAGAUCAGCCAACCCUCAGUAAAUCCACUAUGAAGGCUCCAGAUGACUCCCACAGAGCCUGGUCUGAGUGUAGUGCACCCUCAGCAGGCAAGGACCAGUGAGGAAGGCCCCGGGUUGAAAAGAGACAGAGCGGAAUGCAGUGGAAGGCCGUGGGGUUUUGGAGGGCCACGUCGGAGGUCUGGGUCUACUGAGAGCACUGUUCCACCUGCUAACUCCAUCUCUUGCUCUCUCCUCUCAAC